AUGGCCAUCGAGGACAUUGCUGCGAUAGCGCACAAGAUACAAGGCAGAAUCAUCAAAAGUGAUUAUCUUCCUCGUUUUCUCAGGACGAGUUCACAAAACGCAUCCGCUUCCGGUGCUACAGAAGUUGCCAACGAGCAGUCGACUGGAGCUGAAGAUAUCCGGGCGCAACAUGAUGGACACCAGGAUCCGCAAGCACAUAGUCAUGCGGCUGAGGAGUCUGGUGUCGAGGGCGGACCAGCUGACUAUCCGGAAACGCGAGAACCUUCAGUACGGCGGUACUCGGACGACAGUGACGAAAUUAACGAACAUUAUGAGAACAACAUCCAGAGGCACGAAGAUGCUGUGGAGGACGUCUAUGCUGCCGAAGAGGCGCUUCGUGCUCAGAAAUAUAUCGAGUUCGUGCCCGAGGAGUUGGAGCAAGAUUACACCCAGGGGCCUUGUCGAUACGUGUUCAUUGACGAUGGCGUGAAGGACUCAGCUGCUUUGAUGGUGCCAUUUAAGAUGUCGCAGAAUAUCAAGGGAGCCAUUAAACUGCAACGGCAUCACAAGAAAAUGGAACGCUACAUUCGAAAGCAGCUGGCGGAGAUGAGAGACUUUCGGGAAACGCUGGAUAUCGAGAUCAGAAGCCAUGAGCUGAAAUUGAAGGGAGAUGCGGACCUGAACAUCAAGCCAAGUGAGGAAGAAGCCAAAAGGCUACAGGGAGAGCUUGAGGUUCUGCAAGAGAUGUGCGAGAAUCUAGGUCCGCGGGAACGAGAGCUACGAACAAGGCUCGAAACAAUCAAGGACUAUCUGAUAGAGGCACAUUCUGCAGUGAUGGUGCACCUUGACGAAGCAUACGUGGUAGCGGCGCUUGCCGAAGAAAGCAACGAAGAAGAGAUGCCGAUAGAGCGCUUCGAUCUUCAGGAGCAAUAUCAAAAGUUCUUUGCACAACGACAGAAGAACCUUCAGCCGGACGAAGUCCACCCUGUGGCACCGCCACCAGCCCUCGACACAUCGCAAAAUACCCUCAUGAACAAACCUCCCACACCGACACCCGAGGAGCAAUUCACCCAGGACCGGCGAAAACGACUCCGACUUGCAGGCGAUAGACUCAAUACUGCGCAGAAGGAGUUUCACUUCAAAGAGUAUAACCAAUGGCAGGAAAAGGAAUUCAAUCGAGAGCGUACCCUCGAGGGUCUCGAGCCUAUCGAUGUCGACAAAGAAGCCUUCGACAGACGCUGGUUUGUUCGCAAUCACGAGAUCACUCAUGAGCUCCUCGAAGCAGAAGAUGACCUCCGCUCCGCGAGGAAAGCUGCCAUCGAAGCGGAUGUUGAGAUUAUCUCUGUCGCUCCAGAUGAAUAUUGGUCAGGGAUCUAUCCCAAUCAUAGGUCAGAUGGUAGAUGUGGAUCGGGAAGUGAUCUGAGCUCGUUGGCUGGGCCAAGAGUCCCAUCGACUUCUGCGAAUCCAAAGGUGUUGGAGUGGUUGGAGAGCCGUGUCGAGGAGAGUGAAUUUGAGGCAGUCGAUCAGAGUCCGAAGCAGCCGGAGGAAGUGCUUGUGCUGAACGAUGCGAUGGCGAUGGAGAUCGAGACCUGGGAUAGUCAAAGUAUGCUGGAUUCGUGGCCUUACAGGCGGAAGUUAGUUAAGCAGUGGCAGCAGACGUGUAGUGCUGAGAGGGAGCAGCUUGCUGUAUAG